AUGGAACUCCCUGAAGGCACGCUGCCAUUCGAAGUCCUCCCUCUUGAAGGAGAGCAAGACUGGCGUUUCGGUCGAGCAGCUGGCCCAGGCUCCACAGAGGAAGAUCUAGAACUAGGUGCUCCAGGCCUACCACGAGUAGCAGAGGUUGGUCUUUCCGGCAGCGACGUCCUCAGAUUUGGAGGCGCAUCAAGCGAGAAGCCGGGCAUUUCAGAUGGUUUCCAUGGUCUUGAUUUGACUGUAGGUGAGCUGCCCCUUGAAGGUGCUGGCGCCGUUGUUGUCGCUGCCGAUGCAGAGCUUUUGGGCAUUGUAGGUCCUGGUCUGGAGAUUGAGGAGGAUCGAACUGGUCCGGGCAAGUUACUGUGCUGGGUGUGGAUGGGAGGGGCAGAAGACCGCCUUGUUGGGGUUGAUGACCUUGAUGCAGGCUUGCUUUGUGCUGGUAAGGAGGGCCUCGACAAAGGUGUAGUUGACCUAGUAGCAGGCAUUGAUGAUCUUGAAGUAGGUGUUGAUGAUCUGCUAGCAGGUGCUGAUGCUCUACCUGAAGGAACUGAUGUCCUGGUAGCAGUAGCAGGGCCAGAUGUCCUGGUAGCAGCAGCAGGGCCAGAUGUCCUGGUAGCAGUAGCAGGGCCAGAUGUCCUUGAUGGAGUUGUUGACCUUGAUGAAGGCAGUGCUGACCUUGUUGAAGAAAGUGUUGACCUGGAAGUGGGCGUCGAAGAUCUUGGGGCAGUAGGUCCAGUCUUGGCAGGCAGAGUUGCCCGAGCAUUGGGGGAUGCAGGUCUUGAACCUUUGGACGCGGUGGUCGAUGCAGCACGCCCAGUUGGUGUUGACGGUCUCGAAGAAUUAGAUGUAAGCCCUCCAGAUGAUGUCGGCCGACGAGUUGUCGCAGCUGAGUUUAAGCUGUUUGAUGAUGUUGUUCUCAAUGGAUGUGUGGUUCUUGAUGGAGGAUCUGGAUGGUUGGCCAACUAA